AUGUGGAUCCUCGCCGUCUACAUCCUCACCUUCACCGUGGGCUUCCCGGCCAACAUCUUCACCUUCGCCACCCUCUUGGGCAAAGCCCGACGUCGCCUUUCCCCCUCCGACAUCCUUCUCCUCAACCUGACGGCCGCCGACCUUCUCCUCCUCCUCUUCCUCCCCUUCAAGAUGGCCGAAGCAGCCGCCAACCAGACUUGGCCCUUACCCGUUGUCCUCUGCCCGGUGGCCAACUUCUGCUUCUACUCCAGCAUCUACCUCAGCAGCCUCUUCUUGGCGGCCCUCAGCGUCGAGAGGUACUUUGGGGUCGUUUUCCCCCUCCAGUUCAAGGACAGGAGAAGACCGGGGCGGGUGAUGGCCGUCAGCGUUGUCCUCUGGCUCGUGGCCUGUUCCCACUGCUCCAUCGUCUUCGUGGCCCAAUAUCACCGCAACGGCGUCAUCCCCGGUGGCUCCAAGACACCCAACGGCGCUAUCUCCACCCGCAACCCCUCCAAGAGCUCCACCGGUGGCCCCAAGACCUCCAACCCCGACCUCACCAUCUCCAGAACCUCCACCCUCAACGGCGCCGACAUCUUCGGCCCCACCGACGUCCUCCAGACCUCCACCGUCCCCGGUUCUUCUUCUCCCAACGUCCAUGGUGACUCCGAAGCCACCGCCCCCUUCAGGUGCUACGACGACUUCUCCGACGACCAAUUGAGCUUUGUCCUCCCCCUCCGUCUGGAGCUCUUCCUCAUCCUCUUCCUCCUCCCUUUCGCCGUCACCCUCUUCUGCUACGUCAACUUCGUGCGGGUCCUCCUGGCUCGACCCAACAUCCCUUUGGAGAAGAAACAACGAGCCGUGGGUUUGGCGGUGGCCACCAUGGUCAACUUUGGGGUCUGCUUCGCGCCCUACAACGUCUCGCACGUGGUGGGUUUCGUGGAGAAGCGGAGUCCUUCUUGGAGGGUCUACGUUUUGCUCCUCACCAGCCUCAACGCCGCCCUUGACCCCGUCAUCUUCUACUUCUCCUCCACGGCGGUGCAGAGGGCCACGGCCGGAGUGGUGGUGGCCCUAUGGGACAAGUUGAGGGCGGUUGGGGGGUGGUGCUAUGGGGCGUGUUCUCCUGAGACCCCCCAAGAUGAGGCCGAGGGUUCCUUGACGUGA